AUGAUUGGAAGAGAAGUGGUGUUCAGACAUGUUUUCCGGGAAGCAAAUCAAGUUGCAGACGCAUUAUCUAAAAUAGGUGGAAAUGGAAGCACGGCAACAUUUCAUGAUAUGGCAGAUCUUCUUGGGGCCGUUACCAAGUUAUUUAUAUCAAAUAGAAAUCAUUUUCCAUAUGGGGUAUCGAAUAAUGUGAAAUUUGAUGUCACAAAACUUCCAACUGAUCCUAGUCUAAGGAUACCUAUUUUGGAUUAUAAUGCUAACAUUCGAGAUGAAGUUCGAAGAGCAUAUAUGUUAAAGGGUCCUUGUCAGCCCAAAGAUCAUGACUUUCCAAAACGACAAUUUGGAGUAACAAUUAGACGAUUCAAUCCUUCGUGGUUUAAAGAGUUCGGUAGUUGGUUGGAGUACAGUGUAGAGAAGGAUGCUGCUUAUUGUUUGUAUUGUUAUCUUUUCAGAACAAGUUCUAGAAAGCAAGGUGGAGGUGAGUCUUUUGUUGGCGAAGGUUUUACAUAUUGGAAAGAUAAAAAAAGGCUUCAUACUCAUGUUGGGCUUCAUGAUAGUGCAUAUAAUCAAGCUCGCAUUAAGUGUGAAGUGUUGAUGAAUCAAGAGCAACACAUUCAAUCAGUUUUCUACAAACAGUCAGAACAAGCAAGAAAUGCAUAUGUUACACGCCUUAAUACAUCCAUUGAUUGUGUUCGAGUUCUUUUGCAACAAGGGCACUCAUUUCUAGGUCAUGAUGAAUCUAAGGAUUCUCUUAAUCCAGGUAACUUCUUAGUGCAGUUGCAAUUUUUGGCUGCUCAUAAUGAAGUUAUCAAUGCCGUCACGCUGGAAAAUGCUCCUCACAAUUGCAAAUUGACAUCACUUGAUGUUCAAAAGGAGAAAAUGUCUAUUAUUUUACGUUAUGUAGACAAUAUUGGGCAUGUCAAUGAAGGCUUCAUAGGGAUUGAACAUGUUACAAGUACCACAGCUCUAUCACUUAAGGCUGCAAUUGAUAAGGUAUUUUCUAGAUAUAACUUGAAUAUGUCUAGAUUGAGAGGACAAGGUUAUGAUGGAGCAAGUAAUAUGCAAGGUAAGUUUAAUGGUCUGAAAACACUCAUUUUGAAGGAGAGUCCAUGUGCCUUUUACAUUCACUGUUUUGCUCAUCAACUCCAACUUGCGCUUGUGACUAUGGCAAAGAAGAACAUCCAUAUUACUAACUUCUUUCGUGUGGUUGGGAACGUAAUAAAUACUGUUGGAGCAUCUUCCAAACGUUGUGAUCUUCUUCGAGAAAAACAAUUAGACUUUAUUGUUGAGGCAUUGGAAAAAUGUGAGAUUUUAAGUGGACGGGGACUUAAUCAAGAAACGAUCCUUCAGUGCUCUGGUGAUACACGAUGGAGUUCACAUAUAAUUCUUUGGUCAGCUUGCUUGCCAUGUUCUCUUCUGUUUUAG